AUGGGCUCAGGAGUGUCUGCAGCACCUCGAGAGAACCUUUGCCAUCAGGUGGUUGUGCUGGAGGUGCUGCUGCUGCUGCUGCUUCUCUGGCCUCACACACUGGCAUUGAAAGUAGAUACUCUGAAGUGCCCUGUGAUUGACCCCAUCUCUGUCCCACAUGAGUGGUACCACCCGGGUGACCUCCUCGUUGGGGAGAUGACCUCUCUCUUUUUUUCUGGCGACAAUGCCAUUUCCUUCAAGAAACAUCCUUCACAGGAGCUGCAGUGGACACAGAAGAUGGAGUGGACAUAUAUGCUGACAAAGUUCUACCAGCACAUUCUGGCCUUGGUGUUUGCUAUCAAUGAAGUUAACAUGAGCCCAAACAUCUUGCCCAAUGUCACACUUGGGUUCCACAUUUAUGAUAGCUAUUAUGAUGAGAGGAUGACCUAUCGUACCACUUUGGAUCUGCUCUUCAAAUCACAUGGAUUCAACCUCAACUACGAAUGUGGCCCCCAGAAAAACCUCAUAGCCAUAAUUGGGGGACUUGGCUCUGAUAUCUCCUUCCACAUGGCAGACAUCCUAAAUCUCUACAAGAUUCCCCAGCUCCAUCAAUUCCUUCAGCACAUUUUGUUCAACAAUUCAGCAGGAGAAACAGUUUCCUUUAAUGAGAAGUGGGAAAUGGUAGCUGGAUUUGAUAUAAAGAAUAUCCUCAUAUUGUCAAACUAUUCCUUAUUUAGUAUAAAAGUUGGAAGCUUCCAUCCCAGUGAGGAGAAACAAUUGCUUAUUAAUGAAAGUAGGAUCGUGUGGCACAGGCAUUUUAAUCAGGAGCUGCCCAUUUCAGUCUGCAGUGACUCCUGCCACCCUGGUUUUCAGAAGAGAAGGAGGGAAGGGGAGCAAUCUUGCUGCUAUGAUUGUGCUCCAUGCCCAGAAGGGAAGAUUUCCGACCAAAUGGAUAUGGCUGAUUGUAGAAAAUGCCCCGAACAUCAGUAUCCAAGCAAGAACCGAGAUAGAUGUAUUUCCAGAAGUUUAACCUUCCUCUCUUAUGAAGAACCUUUAGGGAUCAGUUUAGCUUCCGUUGCAAUUUCUUUUUCCCUCAUCACUACUUUAGUGCUAGGAAUCUUUAUUAAGCACAAAGAUACCCCCAUCGUCAAAGCCAACAACCUGGAAAUCACCUACGCUCUCCUCAUUUCCCUCCUGCUCUGCUUCCUUUGUUCUUUGCUGUUUCUUGGACAACCUGGAAAAGUGACCUGUUUCCUCCAGCAGCCUGCUUUUGGCAGCAUUUUUUCAGUGGCCGUUUCUUGUGUGUUGGCCAAAACCAUCACAGUGGUUGUGGCUUUCAUGGCCACCAAACCAGGGUCCAGCAUGAGGAAGUGGGUGGGGAAAAAACUGUCCAACUGCAUUGUCCUUUCCUGCUCCCUUAUUCAAUUUGGUAUUUGUGGGCUGUGGCUGGGAACAGCUCCCCCAUUCCCAGAUGUGGACAUGCAGUCAUUAACAGGAGAGAUCAUAGUAGAAUGCAAUGCAGGAUCUGUCAUCAUGUUUUAUCUUGUCUUGGCUUACAUGGGACUUCUUUCCAUCAUCAGCUUCAUGGUGGCUUUCUUAGCCAGGAAGUUGCCGGACACCUUUAAUGAAGCCAAAUUCAUCGCCUUCAGUAUGCUGGUGUUUUGCAGCGUUUGGUUGUCUUUUGUUCCCACCUACCUCAGCACCAAGGGGAAAUCCAUGGUGGCUGUGGAGAUCUUCUCCAUCUUAGCCUCCAGUGCUGGAUUACUGGGUUGCAUCUUUUCCCCUAAAUGUUUCAUCAUAUUGCUGAAACCUGAGCUGAACCAGAGAGAGCAGCUAAUAAGGAGAAAAGACUAG